AUGGGUUCCCAAAGCAAAACUUCAGACAUAAAGUCGUAUUCAAUCACAGGAAUGGCUGGAUCAUACAAUGAAAACUCUUCACCACAAUUACUUGCUGUUCAACAUGCCAUUCCAUUGAUGCGAAAAGCUAUUGAUGCAUGGGAGUCAAUUCCUUCAUCUUUCCCAACAAUUAUUGCUGAUUUUGGCUCAUCUCAUGGUGCAAACACCACAUUCAUUAUCAAAACAAUGCUUGAUUAUAUAAAACAAUCGAAAAGCCAAUUGGUUGAUCAAUCUUUCCUAAUCAUUUAUAAUGAUUUACCGUCAAAUGAUUGGGCUGCAGUGUUCAAUAUUGUGAAUGAGGAAAGUCAAUAUUAUGGUUUGGGUAAUGGUCGUUCAUUUUAUUCACAAUGUUUGCCAUCAAACUCUCUGUCUAUUGGCUUUUCGUCAACCUCUCUUCAAUGGCUUUCUCGAAAACCCUGCAAUAUAUCAAAUCAUUGUAUCUUUUUAUUUGCGCAAGCUUCCGAGCGUGCUGCAUUUCGGAUGCAAGCGAAAGAAGAUCUGGAACAAUUCAUAAAGACUCGUUCGCAUGAAUUGAUUUCAGGUGGUGUUUUGAUUGUCACAGCCGUUUGUUCUAAUAAGAAAGGUGAAAGUAUUUUAAACCAUGCAUGUGACUGUUUAUAUCAGUGUAGCAAACUGCUUCCCUUGAGUGAACAAGAAUUGCUUGAUUACACAAUACCGAUUUAUUUUCGCGAGUAUGAAGAUUGUAUUGAUGAAAACCUUUUCAAACGAUAUUCAUUUCAACUGGUUUCAUCUUAUUUUUAUUUGGUUGAUGUCGAAUUCGACCGACAUUUUGAAGUAGGAGAGAUAAAGCUCGAAGAAUUUGUUCAAUUACAUACUGGUUUUAUGCGUAGUUGGAGCGAACCAGCAUUGAGAAAAGCUUUGCAAAACAAUGGAAAAAGAACAGAGGAAGAAAUCAAUGAAUUACUGAUUCAAUUUUGGGCCUUAUACAAAGAUCAAGUGCGCAAAAGUCCCAGAGAAUUCAAAAGCAGUUUCAAUGAAGCAUGUUUUGUAUUGAAAAAAUGUUAA